CGAGAAGAACUGCUGUGAUCGUCGGAGAUUUUUGUUGGUGUCGGAUAUGCAAACACUGGAACUACAUUACUAGUCGGAUUGCUGUUUAUUGUACAACAAUGGGGACGGAGGAUUUAUGGAUUUACAUCGUUGCCAUGCUUCUUUUUUGUGAUUGCUCUGCUUCACAGUUUUCUUACUCCAUUUCCGAGGAGAUGAACAAAGGCACGGUGGUGGGGAAUAUCGCAAAGGAUUUGAACCUCAAUUUGCAAGAGCUGCACAACAGAGACCUGCGUAUUGUUUCUAGUCACAGUAAGAAAUAUAUUGAGGUCGAUCUACGGACGGGGAACCUCUUUGUUAACGACAGAAUAGACAGGGAGGAGCUUUGUCCCGGCGCGGCGCAAUGCUUUGUGAGAAUACAGGCAGUGCUGAGCAACCCGAUGAGUGUGCACCGCAUUGACGUUCAUGUUUUGGAUGUGAACGACAACUCGCCGAAAUUUGAGGAAGAUUUACACAUCUUAAAGAUAUCUGAAUCCGUAGCACCGGGCGAAAAAUAUUUCCUCCCAGAAGCAGUGGAUUUAGAUAUGGGAGGCAAUUCAGUAAAGACGUACACAUUGAGUCCAAAUGAAUAUUUUACGCUGGAUGUGCAGAAUGGUGGCGAACACGGCGUGUCUGCAGAGCUGGUGCUGCACAAAGCGUUAGAUCGAGAGCAACAACCUAUUCAUGAACUCACUCUUACUGCUUUAGAUGGAGGAAAACCUAUUAGAUCGGGCGUAUUGCAUAUUCAAGUAGUAGUCAUGGAUGUCAAUGAUAACACUCCGGUUUUUAGCAAGUCACUUUAUAAAGUUCGUGUGAGUGAAAACGCAGCGCAGGGCUCAGUCGUAAUUAAAUUAAAUGCAACUGAUUUAGACGAAGGACUGAACGGUAAAAUUGCAUAUUCCUUAAUUAAACGAGGAAACAAUGAUCCAGCAAACAUAUUUAAUCUAAAUGCAGAAACGGGAGAAAUCACUGUGAAAGGUAGUUUGAAUUAUGAAGAGACGCCUGCUUAUGAAGUCAGAAUUCAAGCAAUGGAUCAAGGCCUUUCUCCACGUAGUGCACAUGCUAAACUGCUAAUAGAGAUAGCAGAUGUGAAUGACAAUGCCCCUGAAAUAACAGUGACGUCACUGAUGACGCCUGUAAAAGAAAACGCAGAAUUGGGCACAAUUGUUGCUUUGGUCACAGUGAGUGAUAAGGAUGGUGGGAACAACGGUGUAACCAACUGUAAGGUUGUUGGAUCUGGUCCCUUUAAACUGAAGUCUAAUUACAAAAAUGAUUAUUCUUUAGUAGUUGAUGGAGCACUAGACAGAGAAAACGUCUCUCUUUAUAAUGUCUCCAUCUUAGCCACAGAUGGGGGAAGUCCCCCUCUGUCCACUAAAAGGAUCAUUAAUGUUCAUAUUUCUGAUGUUAACGAUAAUCCACCUCGUUUUAUGGAACCUGUUAUUAAUGUGUACGUCAAAGAAAAUACCCCAAGUGGAUAUUCACUCUGUUCCAUGAAUGCAGUUGAUCCUGAUUUGGACGCAAAUGCAAAAGUUUCAUACGCGUUGUUAGAUAACGCUCACAGAAAUAUUCCAAUUUCGUCACUCCUUAACAUCAACUCAGAGAGCGGAGAUAUAGUGAGUUUGCAAUCUUUUGACUAUGAGAAGUUAAAAACAUUUCAGUUCAAAGUUCAGGCCACAGACUCUGGUGUUCCUCCGCUCAGCGGCAACGUGACUGUAAAUGUUUUUAUCCUGGAUGAGAAUGACAACAGUCCCACCAUUUUGGCUCCCUAUUCUGAGCAUGGCUCCGUCAACAGCGAGAGCGUCCCUUAUUCUGCUGAAGCGGGAUACUUUGUGGCCAAGAUCAGGGCAGUGGAUGCGGACUCUGGCUACAACGCGCUGCUCUCCUACCACCUGUCUGAGCCCAAAGGCAACAACAACCUCUUCCGGAUCGGAACCAGCACCGGGGAGAUUCGCACCAAGAGACGAAUGAGUGACAAUGACCUGAAAAGUCACCCCUUGAUGGUGUCGGUGUGUGAUAACGGCGAAGCCUCCCUGUCAGCGACUGUGUCUCUUGACGUGAUGGUGCUUGAAAGCACAGCUGACAUCCACCACACUCAGUUCAGACAUGUGCCCAUCAAGGAGGAGAGCUUCUCCGACUUGCACUUGUACCUGCUCAUCGCCAUUGUGGCCGUGUCGCUGGUCUUUUUGCUCAGCUUGGUCACUUUAGUGGUCUUCAAAUGCCACAGACAGACGGAGGGACAUUUCGACAGGUAUGGCGCCCCGAUGAUCACCACCCACCCCGACGGGAGUUGGUCUUACUCCAAAGCGACUCAGCAGUACGACGUGUGCUUCAGCUCAGACACGCUCAAGAGUGACAUGGUGGUUUUCCCCACCCCAUUUCCGCCUGUAGAAGCAGAACUGAUUAGUAUUAAUGGAGGGGACACCUUUACCAGGACUCAAACUCUUCCUAACACUGAGAAGGUAGGCUGACAGUUAGUAUUUUUGUGUUCCUUAAUAUUUGAAGAGAUUAAAGCCUCAACUAUCAUUUGUUUUCAAGAUGGGGGUGGGGGGGUGACAAACAUACUUACAGUCUCUUGGUCAACUCAAUGAAGAUAUGUUCUUAAAGCAAAUGGUAUACAAAGAGCAAAUAAUGAGGACCACUCACAAAUGGAGGAAUGCAUGUUUUACUUCUGUAGUUUUAGCUUUAUGUUGGGCUGUAGUGCCGCUAUGGUGUUGGUUUCAGACGAAGGCCUUGUGUGUUCCCUUUAAUACUGACCAACUGUGGUCUUAUCUGUGGUGCUGACUACUCUACUUCAUAUAGAAACCCAUUUUGUAUUGGGUUGUAAAAAAAUAAAAAUAAAAAAAACAGCAACUCUAAAAUGUCACUAUCCGUGGUGCUGAACAGUAUAGUUACGCACGUUCAUGCAUGGGCAUCGUGUAUCAGAUUAAGUAACCAGCCAUCAAUUAUGUGUAUGUAAACUGCUUAUCCGGUGUUGAGGGGAGUGUUAGCCUAUCCUAAUUUUGGUAAUAAAGGUGGACACGACUCCCGGAUUGGUCGCCAUCAAUCACAGGUCGUUUCA